CGGACAAAAUGUGACCACUAAAACAGGGGGGGAGGGGGUCAAAAAAAAGUUUGGACGUCCACUUAUUUUAUUUUUUUUUUCUUAUCGUACGAGACGUUAUAGUCGGUAAAGGUCAACCGAGUAAUUGCACACAUUUCGAUCUAUUGUUUAAGUUCUAAUUGUUUGACUUCGUGACAUGUGUUCAAUUUAGAUUGGACGUCAGUGAAAAAUAUUUUUUAAGUUUGAAAAUAUGGAUAAAUACUCCUUAUUUAAAUCGUUAUUGGAUGCGUUUUCGAAAGCGUAUCCGUUAAAAACAAAACAGCAACAUCAGUGCGAUGUUUCCAAAGUAUGGAACGAAAUAAAGAAACAAAAAAAUUAUUCUGAGCUAGUUUCCAAGAAAAUAGUGGAAUACAAAGAGAAAUCGCUAAAAUCAAAAGCGAAUUUAUUUCAUUUGUGGAACUCCAAAAGCAAUGCAUCCGUCCAAUUAAAUUCUAAUGAGCAGACAGACUCGAAUCCGCAAAAUAAUACUGGCGAAAUAUUGAAUUUAUCGAAUUCUUUUGAAGAAUUAGCAGUGGACGUAACUCCAAGUCAUCCUCCGAGUCACGGAAAUACUAAAGAAACCAAGUCGACAUUCCACAACAAGGCAAACGAUCGGACCCCAGCCCAAUUAAAAUUGCAGCAAGAAUCUGCUUGCCUAACAGCUGAAAUUGUGGCAUUGUCAAAAAGGAAGGAAAGUGGCCUUUUCACGAGUGAUAUGCGAGCCGAACUGAAAAAGAAACGCGAGAAACUAUCAUCUCUCCAGAAGAAGCUUUGUGUAAAACGACGUGAUAUGUUCAGGAAACGUAAAAGUCGUCACAAUUUUAAGGCAAAAUUAUCCAAAAUAUGCGACAGUAAUCCGGACGUCAAGAAAGCGUUAAAGAUUCGAAAUUCUACUGGCCGACCUCGAUUAGAAGUUGAACAACCAGAGCUGCUGAAGACGAUAAUUGCUAUUGCGAUACACGGGUCUGCGUCUCAUGAUAAGCGGCGUGAGGAUAUGUUUCGGUCAAUUAGGACGUUGACUGAACUUAAAGAAAAGUUGAAUGAUGAGGGUUUCCAGAUUUCAAGAGCCGCUACGUACCUUAGGCUACUGCCACGAAGGUCUAACACUCAAGAAGGAAAACGUCAUGUAACAACAGUUCCCGUCCGUUUAUGCAAAACACAAAAUGAUCUCCACGCUCAACAUACCGACUCUUCUUUCGCAACGAUUUCAAUCAACUACCUCGAAGAACUCGCAUCUUUUUUAGGCCCUAACCAAGUGACAUUUAUUAGUCAGGAUGACAAAGCGAGAGUUCCCAUAGGAGUCACAGCAGCUAAUAAACAAACACCACUUCUGAUGCACGUAGAAUAUAGGGUUAAGCUGGCUGACCACGAUUGGGUAAAGGCGAGUAGACAUAAAUUGAUACCGUCAGUUUAUGCUGGUAUCAAGAUCAAGGACAACGGACUAGGAAACAGAACAGCGGUUGGCUACUCUGGACCAACUUUCAUAACAAUUCGGUCUGGCAAACAUUCGACUUCCAACGCGCUUACACAUGCUCGAGACCUUGAUUUUCUGUACGACAAUGUUCCCGAAUUCGACGCAAUAAUGAAAUGCAAGUCUGAAAAUGGAUUCCUUCCUAAACCAGUGUUAAUUAUCAUGUCGGAUGGAGGGCCGGAUGAAAAUCCGCGUUACGAGAAAGUUAUCACAGUAGCAGUUCACCACUUCAUAAAACGUGACUUGGAUGCUCUAUUCAUUGGUACUAACGCACCUGGCCGAAGCUGCUUCAACCGUGUCGAGCGACGUAUGGCCCCGUUAAGCAGAGAUUUAUGCGGAUUAGUGUUGCCGCACGAUGAAUUCGGAAAUCAUUUGAAUAGUCAAAAUGAGACUAUUGACAUCGAACUUGAAAUGAAAAACUUUGCCAAAGCUGGCGAGAUUCUAGCUGAGGUGUGGAGUGAAAAUAUGAUCGAUAAAUAUCCGACUGUGGCACAUUUUGUAAGUGAAACAGAAUCUGAGUUGGCAGAAGACUUGAUGGUAAGGGAUUGCUCCUGGUGGGACACGCACAUCGAAUUCGGUCAAUAUUUACUUCAAAUUGUCAAAUGUGAUGAUCGGAAUUGCUGCAAACCGAGACGAAGUUCUUUGUUCACGACAUUAAAGAACGGCAAAAUUCCUCCACCUUUACCAUUGAACAACAUUGAAGGCGAAUUGAAACUUCCUGUUUGUCACUACGAAAAGCUGAAAGUCGAUCAAUUUGCUCCACUUUUUCUGAAUUGUGUUUUAAAAAAGGAAUUCCAAAUCAAAAGUUUCGAUGCAUUUUGUCCUUCUGUUCAAUCGAAAAUACAGAAUCGGACCUGUAGCGUUUGUGCUAAGUAUUUCAGUGCUACGAAAUACUUAACGGAACACAAAAAAAUACAUAAAAAGGACGGAAAGAAUGCGAAAAAUUUGAAUAAAAACGAAAACCAGCGCGAGAACGAAACUGUAAUCAGAAAAUUGCGACCGAAGCGUAUUGCUGCUGUUCGAGCGCGGGAAGCCCUGGCAAUUAUAAACUACGACGAUGAAAUGGAAGACGCUGAAUGGCAUCGAAAGGAAGAUCUAGACCUGGAUGGUCUUGAUAUUCCUCAAGAAGAGACAACAAACGGGAAUAUUGUUAUGCCUGUCGAAACUUGCUUGUACAACGAGUGGUCGGAAGAUGUGUAAAUUGUGUUUUGUGGAAGAUGUGUUUUUAUUAAAUAAAAUUUUGAUUUGAAUCAAUUUCGAAUUUUUUGUGGACGUCCUUCAGGGGGGGAGGGGGUAUGGUAAAUCGGACAUAUUGUG